AAGGGCGCGGAAAAAGCAACCAUUUUACUGGCUGGAAUGCAAAUGGACUGAUGGGGCGUGGAGGUCAGGUGAAAGCACACUUUCUCAAUACAUUCAAUACAAUAUCCUUUGGCUAUCGCCACACAUGAAACGAUCAGUACUUCAAGAAGCGGCAGCCUAAAGCGGACAUUUAACUCUGAUCUGCAUCAUGUCUUCACCGAGUGAGCUGAUUUUCUUCAUCAAUGGGAGAAAGGUUGUUGAGAGGAACGCUGAUCCAGAGCAGAUGCUGCUCAGUUUUCUGAGGAGAAGAGUUGGUCUGACAGGGACUAAGUACGGCUGUGGAGGUGGAGGUUGUGGCUCUUGCACUGUCAUGGUGUCCAGAUACGACCGCAACCACGAGAGAGUCGUACACUACGCCGUCAAUGCCUGCCUGCAGCCAAUUGUCGCCCUGCACGGAGCGGCUGUGGUGACGGUCGAAGGCGUCGGCAGCACCGACACCAAACUCCACCCCGUGCAGGAGCGAAUAGCGAAGGCUCACGGAUCGCAGUGUGGCUUCUGCACUCCGGGGAUGGUGAUGUCCAUGUACGCUCUGCUGAGGAACAAACCUCAACCAACCAUGGAGGACAUCAGGGAGGCUCUGGGAGGGAAUCUCUGUCGCUGCACGGGCUACAGACCAAUAAUUGACGGAUUUAAGACUUUUUGCGAGAAGUCAUCUGGUUGCUGCCAAAAUGGAAGAGAAGAAGGAAGAUGCUGUAUGGAGAGAAAAGGCAGUAAAAUGAACCACAGCGAAGAAAAUGAUAUCUGCCACAAGCUUUUUCCGAUGGACGAUUUUUUACCCCUGGACCCUUCUCAGGAUCUCAUCUUCCCUCCUGAGCUGAUGAUGAUGGAGAAGAAAUUCAGUGCAGCUCCUCUGUAUUUCCAAGGAGAAAGAGUCCGUUUGGUGGCUCCUUCUGAGCUGCUGCACCUCCUGGAGCUGAAGGCCGAUCAUCCUUCGGCUGCACUUAUCGUCGGCAACACGACCAUCGGGCCGAAGAUGCUUCUGAAAGGAGAGUUUCAUCCUCUGGUGAUCUACGCUGGAAGGAUUUCCGAGCUCGGAGCUGUGACGUGGGGCAAGAACGGCCUGAUGGUCGGAGCUGCCUGCAGCCUCAGUACACUGAAGGAGGAGAUGGAGAAGGCCGUGGUGGAGAUGGAGGCGGAGAAGGCCAGAGGAUACCAAGCACUGCUGCAGAUUCUUCAGUGUCUGGCAGGGAAACAGAUACGCAACAUGGCGACCAUUGGUGGGAAUCUCCUCAGUGCUAAUCCCAAAUAUGACCUGAGCAGUGUGUUAGCUGCUCUGGACUGCACUCUGCACGUCAUUUCCAAAGAUGGAAUGAGGAGCGUUCCUUUGGAUGAAAAAUUCUUUCCUGCCUUUGGAAAAGCGGCUCUCAGGCCUGAUGAAGUCCUGCUGUCCAUCGACAUCCCCUACACCAACUCUUGGGAGUUUGUGGCGGCGUAUCGACAGGCCCAGAGAAGAGAGUUUGCUUUCUCUUUUGUGAACGCUGGGAUGAAGGUGGCCAUCAGGGAGGGAACCGACAUCGUGGAGUCCCUGAAAGUCUACUACGGCGGAGUCGGAUCGACUCUGGUGAAAGCUGAACAAACCUGUCAGCAGCUUGUCUGCUGGUCUUGGAGGGAGGAUUUUCUCUCUGAAGCCUGCCGCCUCCUGAAUGUAGACAUCAACGUUUCUCCAUCGAUCCACGGAGGAAGGGCAGAGUAUCGCAAGACGCUCGCUGUCAGCUUCUUCUUCAAGUUCUACAUGCAAGUUGUCCUGGAGAUGACUGAGAGGGGUGUUUCAGGCGUCGCUCUUCCUCCAGAGUAUCUCAGCGCGUUGAAGCCGUUCAAGAACGAAGUGCCACAAGGUCAACAGUCCUUCCAGCUCGUAUCGGAAGCUCAGCCCUGCGGUGACCCUGUAGGACGUCCCAGCAUGCAUCAGUCGGCCUUCCAGCAGGCCACAGGGGAAGCAAAGUACUACGACGACCUGCCGCCAGUCCAAGGAGAACUCUUCAUCCACAUGGUGACGAGCUUAAGAGCCCACGCCAGAAUCAUUAACAUCGACCCGUCAGAAGUCCUGAAUCAACCCGGUGUCGUCGCCUUUGUUUCCGCCGGAGACGUUCCAGGAGCAAAUCGGAGACUCUGGUUCAGCCACCCAGAGGAACUAUUCGCCCAGGAGGAGGCGCUUUGUGUCGGUCAGAUCAUCGGCGCUGUGGUGGCGGAGACCAGAGAACAGGCCAGGAGAGCAGCGGAGAAGGUCCAGGUCACCUACCAGGACCUCCAGCCCAUCUUCUUCACCAUAGAGGAUGCCAUAAAGCACGAGUCUUUCUUUGAACCCAAGAGGAAGGUGGAGAGAGGUGACGUGGACGAAGCCCUGAGGACAGCUGAGCAUAUUCUGGAGGAUCAGCUCUACAUGGGCGGUCAGGAGCAUUUCUACAUGGAGACUCAGGGAGUGAUCGCUGUUCCCAAAGGAGAGCAUGGAGAGAUGGAUUUGUUUGUCGCCUCCCAACAUGCCGCCUUCACUCAGGAGGUGGUUGCCAUGGCGCUGGGAGUCGACUCCAACAAGAUCACCUGCCACGUGAAGAGGCUGGGCGGAGCGUUUGGAGGGAAAGUCAUGAAGAUCGCCUCCCUUUCUGCGAUCACUGCAGUGGCAGCACGAAAGACUGGGAGGGCUGUUCGCUGCUGUCUGGACCGAGGUGAUGAUAUGCUGAUCACCAGCGGCAGACACCCGUUUCUCGGAAAGUACAAGGUUGGAUACAACAGCGACGGCACUAUUGUAGCAGCAGACAUCACUUACUACAGCAACGGAGGAUGCACUCUGGACGAAUCACCAUUCAUCAUGGAGAAAGCAAUCCUCCACAUGGACAACGGCUACAAAAUCCCCAACCUAAGAGGCCGUGGUGUGGUGUGUAAAACCUACCUGCCCUCCUACACGGCCUUUCGUGGGUUUGGUGGUCCUCAGGGACUCACGGUGAUGGAGAGCGUCCUGCAUGAGGUGGCUGUUCGCUGUGGCCUCCCUCCUGAAAAGGUCAGAGAAAUCAACAUGUACAGAGAGCAGCAGUGCUACACCCACUACAAACAGCCCUUCUGCCCCACCGACAUGCUUCGCUGCUGGGAUGAGUGUCUGGAGAAAGCCAGCUACCAGGAUCGACUUCGAGAAGUGCAACUCUUCAACUCCUCCAACCGCUGGAGGAAGAGAGGCAUCACUGCUGUUCCUAUGAAGUUUGGUGUUGGUUUCUCCAAAGGCUUCUAUAACCAGGGUGCAGCUCUGGUGAACAUCUUCAAAGACGGCUCGGUUCUGGUGUCACAUGGAGGGACUGAGAUGGGUCAGGGCAUCAACACAAAGGCCAUCCAGAUUGCAAGUCGUGUCCUCCAGGUGCCCAUGUCGUCCAUCUUCAUCAAGGAAACUUGUACAGGAAACGUGCCCAACGCAGCGCCAUCAGCUGCUUCGUUUGGCACCGACGCCGUGGGCAUGGCGGUCAAGGACGCUUGUGAGAAGCUGAUGAGGCGUCUGCAGCCACUGACGGAAAAGAAUCCUCAGCACACCUGGAAGCAACAGAUUACUGAAGCUUACUUUCAGAAAAUCAGCUUAUCUGCGACUGGAUUCUUUAUGGGACCGCCCACCAACGUGGACUGGGAGAAGGGUGAAGGUCAGGCGUAUUAUUACUUCACCUUCGGCGCCUGCUGCUCUGAAGUGGAGAUCGACUGUCUCACUGGGGAUCACAAAAACAUCCGCACUGACAUCGUCAUUGAUGUUGGGAAAAGCAUCAAUCCUGCGUUGGACGUUGGACAGGUGGAGGGAGGUUUCGUGCAGGGCGUCGGCCUCUACACCAUCGAGGAGCUGCAGUUCUCUGCUGACGGAGUCCUGAAGACCAGAGGACCGACUCAGUACAAGAUCCCGGCGCUCUGCGACGUCCCGGCCGAGCUCAACGUCCAUCUGCUCGCCAACGCCGAGAACCCCGGCGCCAUCUACCUGUCCAAGGGUAUCGGUGAGCCCCCGGUGUUCUUUGGCUGCACCAUUUUCUUCGCCAUCAAAGCGGCCAUCGCUGCAGCGCGCCAAGAAAGAGGACUGAGCGCCAUUUUCCCUCUGAGCUCGCCAGCCACGGCGGAGAAGAUCCGCAUGGCCUGUCAGGACCAGUUCACAAAGAUGGUUUCCUCUCCGACAGGCGACUCUGCAGCCGUGUGGUGCAUCGACGUUUGAGCAGCCUCGGUCCACAAGAAGACAAAUCUGCGUUAGCUUAGCAAACAUUCCUGCUGUUUUUCAUGACUUUAACUUCUGCUGUGGAUCGGUAUCCGUCAUUAAACAAACUCGGAUGAAACACUGCUUUUAUUUGAUCCGUUUAUGUUUGUUUAGUUGCUGCAGAAAUAGUGACACUACAAAAAAAAAGCUGUAAAAUCAAGUGGUCAUAAUGCAUUAAUUCACAUUUUAUAUCACUGACAAUCAACAAGCACUAUGAUUUCAGUCGUAAGUUUCUUGUUUGUUGAUCAUUUGCGCGUAAACAUGAUUUAUACUAGUAGUGUGAGGAUUGGUAAGAUAACUUCUGAUUAAUCGUGGUUAUAGUUUGACUUCAGUUUCAGAUGUCUAAGGCCCACGGUUUGAAAGAUCCCGGUUUGCUGGUUGGAAUCUGGAAAUAAAAUCAUACAAAAAACAUCAACAGAGAUUAAUAAAUCAUGUUUUCUGUCCUAUUCUUCAA